UGAUAAAAAUGGCGCUCAGUGUUUUCAGCCGCGGUCACCAGGAGCCUGUUCAGAGAACCAGAAGCGCCCCGUUUCCAGCUCCGUUUCCGUGACUGUUGGCUGGACUCACAGCCGGUGUUGGGGAGGUGUGUGUGUGCGCGCGCGCCGCUCCGCCGCAGAGGAUGACGGGAGUUUGACAGGCGGAGGAGACACCGAGCAGAGAGCCGCUCGUUCGGAGACGGAUAGUCCCGUGACACAAUCCACGGCAAUCCACGGCAGACCGACCUCUCACCCGCCAACGACUGCAAAUACACCAGACUGCGUACCGUCAGUCUACAGAGUGAGAGCUUGAUCCCUGUCCUCACGUUUGAACUCCUCUUCUCCACAAUGGCAGGAGGUCCAUAUAUCCCUCUGUCUCCACUGGCAGAUUCCCUCCUGGAUAGUCCACUGUGUGGAGAUCUGAUACAAGAUCUUGAUGACAUCGCUAGGUCCAUUGGAGAUGACACAAUGGGGUCUUUUGAUCUGCCAGAAUACCACAACACCAGCUCGGGGUCUGAGAACUCCAUUGCACUGGAUACAUUGACCCCAGCCUCCAGUCCAUCAUCAGGGGUGAAUGGAGCAGCGGCAGGCCCAGAAGAGGGCCUCAACCCCCUCAGCCUGGAAUGCAGAGUGUGCUCGGACAAGGCUUCAGGCUUCCACUAUGGGGUGCAUGCCUGCGAGGGCUGCAAGGGUUUCUUCAGGAGGACGGUCAGACUGAAGUUGGAGUAUGAGAAAUGUGAACGCAACUGUAAAAUCCAAAAGAAGAACCGCAACAAGUGCCAGUACUGCAGAUUCCACAAGUGCCUGACUGUGGGAAUGUCCCACAAUGCUAUCCGCUUUGGUCGGAUGCCCCAGGCAGAGAAGCUGAAGCUCAAGGAGGAACGCAAGGUGACGGAGAGAUGGGUGAUGAGCCCCUUGCUAGCUGACCACAAGAUACUUAUCAGCCAGAUCCACGAAGCCUACAUGAGGAACUUCAACAUGAACAAGGCGAAAUCACGGCUCAUACUCGCUGGAAAGAUGAGCAAGCCGCAGCCUUUGAUCAUUCACGACAUGGAGACGUUCCAGUUGGCGGAGAGAACUUUAGCGGCCCAGGUGGGAAAUGGCGAUCCUCUUGAGGAUGAGCGCUGCAUCCAAACUGGGGAGCAGGUUCCAGUUGGAGAUCUCCAACAAAAGGAGGCAGAAGCCAGGCUCUUCCACUGCUGCCAGAGUACAUCAGUGGAGACGGUUACAGAGCUGACAGAGUUUGCCAAGGCAGUGCCGGGUUUCCAGAGCCUGGAUCUGAAUGAUCAGGUGACUCUGUUAAAGUAUGGUGUUUACGAAGCUCUUUUCACCCUCCUCGCCUCUGGUAUGAACAAAGAUGGCCUCCUGGUGGCCCGCGGUGGAGGUUUGAUCACCCGUGAGUUCCUCAAGAGCCUACGGCGGCCAUUUAGCGACAUGAUGGAGCCCAAGUUCCAGUUUGCAACAAGAUUCAACUCCCUAGAACUGGAUGAUAGCGACCUGGCCCUAUUUGUGGCCACUAUUAUCUGCUGCGGAGAUCGCCCAGGUCUGGUGGAUGUGGCUGUUGUGGAGCAGUUGCAGGAGACCAUUGUUCAGGCACUACGGCUCCACCUGCUGGUUAACCACCCUGAUGACACGUUCCUCUUCCCGAGGCUGCUGCAGAAACUGGCCGACCUCCGCGAGCUCGUCAUCGAGCACGCUCAGUUAGUGCAGGAAAUCAAGACAAUAGAAGACACGUCGCUCCACCCACUUUUGCAAGAAAUAUACAGAGACAUGUACUGAGAAUUUAGCACAUGGUCAUGUUUUAAAAUGUUAAUGUUUGCCACAUAUUCACUGUGCCUGCACAAGCAUUUACUGCAAUUACAAUGCACAUUAACUCUCGCGAUCAUAGGUGACAUUCAGAACAUAAGUGAACUAGUAAAUUCAGAGUUUUGCCUCCAGGCUUGGCUCCAGGUUCACAACAUCUCAAUGAAAUUGAAUUGUUGCUGAUGCUGCACCACUCUGAUAGAUAUCACAGCAUCAUAUUCCACCUUCUGUAUCCAAUAUACUUGAACACCUUUGGACAAAAAAGGAGUGGCCCAACAUCCACCAACAGGGUGUGGUGACUGAUGUUGGAGGUGCUACAAACUGCCACAGUUGUUUGGGCCGCCAGAAGAGGAGGUAUUGCUGGCCCACCACCAGAGGGCGCCCUGCCUGAAGUGCGGGCUUCAGGCACGAGAGGGCGCUGCCGCCACGGACACAGCCGGGGGUGACAGCUGUCACUCA